UCUUAACUUUCUUUGGCCCCACCCACUUGGGCCCGGACCUGUCAAUCAAGAGACGCACGCUCGACUGCAGGUGCGAAGCUGGCCAGGCUCCGGGCUGAAACGACUGCAGCGAAGCCGACAAUAAAGCAAGCCUUUCACGAUGGCGUCUGCAAAUGCCACCUACGGACAAAAGGAGUCUUCGGACCAGAACUUUGACUACAUGUUUAAAAUCCUCAUCAUCGGCAACAGCAGCGUGGGCAAGACGUCUUUCCUCUUCCGCUAUGCAGAUGACUCGUUCACGCCGGCCUUCGUCAGCACGGUGGGCAUCGACUUCAAGGUCAAGACCAUCUACAGGAACGACAAGAGGAUAAAGCUGCAGAUUUGGGACACGGCCGGCCAGGAGCGCUACAGGACCAUCACCACAGCCUAUUACAGAGGAGCCAUGGGCUUCAUCCUCAUGUAUGACAUUACCAACGAGGAGUCCUUUAACGCCGUGCAGGACUGGUCAACUCAGAUCAAGACCUACUCAUGGGACAAUGCUCAGGUGCUCCUGGUGGGGAACAAGGUUGAUAUGGAAGAUGAGCGGGUGGUGGCCACAGAGAGGGGCCGGCACCUGUCAGAACAGCUUGGUUUCGAACACUUUGAAGCAAGCGCGAAAGACAACAUCAACGUGAAGCAGACCUUUGAGAGGCUGGUAGACAUCAUCUGCGAGAGGAUGUCCGAGACUCUGGACAACAACGACCCCGCUGUCACCGGAGCCAAGCAAGGCCCACAGCUCACCGAGCAGCCACAGAGGUCCCAUCAGGACUGUGCUUGCUAAACGCGUCUCUCUCUCACUCUCACACACAUACAUAUGCACUACAUUUGCUGUCCGGAACCCAUUUACAGUCCCUUUUUUUUCUCUCUCAUAUGUUCACCUGCCCGGAAUGAUUUCCCACUGACAGACACACGCAAGCAAUGCUACUUCAUCAUAAAGAAUCGAUUGCCACAGAUUUGCUUUUUUCAAUCUAUAUCAUCCGCACAGCAUAAUCCUAAUUGAGUCAGGGGCCGAGUGCUAUUCAACAUGCAAACAUUUCCAUGUCACCCUCCCUCCUCCCCAAUAUAUGUAGAUAAUGUGCAAACUCGAUACAAGAGCCAGCCCACAUUGUUGUCUGUAAUUUGUUCAUGUUGGGUCCUGCAAUUUAUAUUCAAAUCCAAAUGAAUACAAAACAGUUGAUUUGUUGUCGCCAUACUCCUGUAAAGCAGGGUUUAUUUCCCAGUUGACAGGUAUUCAUGGGUCCAAGUAUAAUUCUGAAGCUUGUAUUUAAAUGCCAAUACAUUGAAUCCUGUUUAUCAAAUGGCUAGUCAAAUAUAAUCUAGUAUUUCUGUUGAACUUGCGAGCAUUUUAAUUUAAAAAAAGUGUGGGGGGGGCACUUCUUGUGAUUCAAAGUGGACAGCAGCAUCAGUUUGUUUUUUUUGGUGCUACAGCCCCUUAGUGCUGACCUAUUUAGUCUCCUAGAAUUUUUUUAAAGACUUUUUCAAACACAAAAAAAUUACAGUAUUAUAUUACUGCAAUUGCAGCUCUGGCAUUUAGAAAUUUUUGGUAAAUAAGGUUGGUUUAUAUUCAACAUGGUCCGUGGGUACUUUGGUGAAUGUAAAAAAAAAAAAAAACCUCAAUGUGGUUACUUGUCAGAGCAGCGGGAGGGGUUGAGUCACUUUGCUUGCAAUACAACUCAGACAAAAAAAAAAAUAUUUAUAUAUAACAUUAAAAAAAUACUACACCGGGGUAGUUUUAGCCGUUUUGAAACUGACUUUUUUCAAACCACGGUUUCCCUUGAAAUCUGGCACUGGCCCAUGCUUAGAACAUGAGAAGGGUCUGCUCCUCACAUUAAAUAAUGGCAAUUGGGCAUUCGGAUAAAAUUUCCCCAUGAAACAAAAUGGUUCAUCGACCGUCACAUGUUAACUUCACUAAACUCUUAACUGCAACUAGAAGGUUUCACGACAUUUUUACACAAGUUGCAAUUGUACUCCAACUUUCUAAUCCUCUCUGUGACUUUUCCAGUCUUUCAAGAUGAGGAGACGCAACUCUUCGAGGCUUCAUCAGGAGCUUAAACAAGAAACUAGAAAAGUCACAGAAAGGUGUUGAAGUAGACAUUGUUGGAACUCUCCUGAACGCCCAAUUUUGCAAACCUUUUAUGUGGGUCAUAGAUAUUUAGAAAGUCACUUGCUUUGCAUUCCAAGAUGCACACAAGAACCAGAAUCAAACUAUUAUACACCCAAAUCAUUUCAAAUGGAUUCUUUCCUGUGCUUUAGGCUCUAUGUUGUUUGUAUCGCUUAUUUACUUGGAUCGUUAUCGGUUGUGACAUCUGGCCCGUGUGUCAGCAGUUAAAGAUUUUGUGCAUUUGUUUUCUUCUUUCACAAUGACAGCACCAUCAGCUUCAACCAAGUCUUUAUUUUGGCAAGGGAACACGGUAUCUUUUUUUUUUAGCAUGUUCAUUGUUGAAAUUUGAAUGAAGUGGGUUUGCUCAUGCGGGUUUACUGUACAUGCGUUCACUGAAGUGCAUGCAAGUAUAUAUUUUGUAUUAUUUAUAACUUUAUUUUUACUGUGUUUCCAAUCUGCAUCUCCUUUCUAGUCAUCGCUUUUUUUAACAUGUCGGUGUUUACAACCUCAAGAGGACAGUAAAACAUUCCAGGCAUUUGGUGAGCAUCUAAUUUGUCUUUUCCAAAGCAGCUAUGUAACUUUGAAAGAGAUGCCAGUGUAAUGGCAGACUGUUCUCACAGUGCUAUAAGAGGUCCCGUUUAUCUCCGACCACAUCCAGAUAUCAGCAACACGAGCUUGACGAUGGUUUUCACACUUGUCCUAAAUUGCAAGUGUGUGAGCAGUCUGCACCAACCUCCAAAGAGGAAUCCAAAUAAAAGUAGAGUUUGCUGGGCUGUGGCAAACCUGUCAGCAGCUCUUUCUAGAAGGCAGUAAACGGAAUGUAAUUGAAAAUGAAAUCCAAGUCACCCCCUUCUACCCCAUUUAUUUUGCUCUGGCUGUAAAUGUGCUUAUGAUUCAAGAACACCCUCCCUGUCAUAAAUUGUAAAUAGCUGUUUUUUGCCCAUCUGGUAUUAGUUCUGUGAAUUGUGCUGUAAUUUUUGUGGUGCCAGAUUUGCUCAAUGAGGGAUCAAUAAAUAAAUGCUAGCAGCUGAAA